GGUUCCGAGUUCAAGAUAACGGAGAAACAGUACAGUGACGCUCAGCAGACGUUCAAUCUUUUCGAUAAGAAAGGUGACGGGACGAUAAGUACGAAAGAUUUAGGUCAAGUGUUUAAAAGUUUGGGCUUGCAAGUUGACGGGCAGAAGUUGAAGGAGUGGGCAGAUGAAGCUGACGAAGAAGCCUGUGGAUUCAUCAGAUGGGAACAGUUCAAGCCCAUUUUUGAGUUGAAGCUGAGGGAAGAUGAAGACGAAAGGGAGCUCAAAGAGGCAUUCCGUGUUCUUGACAAAAACAACAAAGGUGUCAUAGCUGUAGAGGACUUAAGGUGGAUUCUCAGGUCCCUUGGAGACGAUCUGACAGAUGAUGAAAUCGAAGAUAUGAUCAACGAGACUGACACAGAUGGAAGCGGCACAGUAGAUUACGAAGAAUUCAGGAACUUGAUGUGCUCAUAA